AUGACUACGAUCUUCUACAUCCUCUACAAUGCCGACGCCUCCGUGAUGGGAAAGCUAAAUUACGGCUACCGGAAACUCACAUCGCCAAAGGACAAGCCAGCGUGUUCGGCAUGCGAUAUCACGCACGGUGGGCUGCAUUUUGAGGAGACGGCGGCGUGGAAGGAGGCGAAAGUGACGUUGGUGAAAGAGGGUCACGUGGAGAUUAGACAGAUGCAUAGGGAUGAGUUGACGUCAGAGAUCAAGUCAUUCGUACAGGAAAAGAAGCUGUCGUACCCCAUGAUACUGGCCGGUGAAGGGGAGGGCAAUUUACGAGUCGUCAUGGAUAGACAGGAGUUGGGGGAGUGUGGAGGUAACGCUCAGCAGCUGGCUGCGAAACUACGGGAGAAGGGAGUGGUUUCUUCAAGCCAUAGUUCCUUAUAG